UUAUCCUCGACGAUCUACUCCUAUCUUCUAUCCCCCAUAAGAUCUGGAUCCCGCCGCGCGCCAUGGACGGGAGGCGGUGGUCGGACCUUCCAGCUGACGUGCUCCGCGAGAUCUCCAGCCACGUCUGCGCGGCGGCCGACUUCGUCUACUUCCACGCCGUGUGCAAGCCAUGGCGCUCCUCCCGCGACCCGCUGUCCAAGAGGACGAGCACGACCCAGUUCCUGCCAUGGCUCCUCGCGGCGGCCGACAAAGAAUCAACGAACCUCCGGUUCAGGUGCAUUUUCUCCGAGUCAAGCUACCACGGAAAGCCGCCGAUGCCGCCGGCAGCAGCGGCUCGGAACUGGGUGUCCAACGCCGACGGAACCCAAGUCCGUUAUCUGACCGUGGAAGACCUCCGCCCUACCCUCCACGACCCUUUCACCGGAGAAUUCUCCCACCUGCCUGACUUUCCGGAGGACGUCCGCCGGUGGGAGGAGGAGAAUCCCCGUGGUGGGAUUUACGGCGACAGGACCAUCUUCCUGUACAGCAUCCGGUGCCACAACGACGAUGACCACAGGGCCAGGUUCAGGGCGGCGCUCCUGCGACCAGGCAGUGGCAUGUGGACAGUCAUCGAGAGGACCCUUGAGGCACCCAGGUACGGCGAGUUCUGCGCUGCGUACCACAAGGGCAAGAUCAUGCUCACUGUGAAGGCCACCCUUUGGCACAUCAUCAGGUCCGAGGGUGGCCAUGAAGCCGGAGAAGACUUGCUGGUCAAGAUGCCGCCUUUGCCGUGGUGGAGUGAAUACUACUCACGCAAAUACAGCUACGUCCUCGAGUCUCGCGGUGAGUUGCUGUGGGCGUCCGUCAAAGUCAAUAUUUGCAGUUCUUGGCACGGAGUAGUAACACACAAGCUCUCGAUGACGGUGUAUGUACUGGAAGUGGAGGCGUCGGCACAGGAAAUGAAAACACGGUGGGUGGAGAAGGAUGUACGUAGCAUGGCUGACCGCCUGCUGUUCCUAGGAACACCCUGCAGUUUCGCCGUGGACGCCUCGAGGCUGGGUCGCCACGGUGGGUGUGCCUACUUCGUCUACUGCAGGAAGCCGUGUGAGAAGGUUGGUGUGUUCAGCUACAAUCUCCUCUCUAACAAAGCUACGUUCUUUGAACGGCUACCUCAAGGAUGGAACGACGAGAGGUACGUGCACGUGGCAUCACUACGGGGACGACCGGCUACACCGACGGCCCCGCACCUCUGCCGACGGUGA